AUGGCAAUCAGGCACAAGUUAACAAGUGCUCCCAAAGAUGAACCAAAUAUUGGGCAAGUGCUCAUCUGUAGAAAUUAUCGUGGAGAUGUGGAUAUGUCUGAAGUGGAACAUUUCAUGCCAAUUCUUAUGGAGAAGGAAGAGGAAGGGGCACUUUCUCCAAUUCUGGCACAUGGAGGUGUACGCUUUAUGUGGAUCAAGCAUAACAACUUGUACCUUGUUGCAACAUCCAAGAAGAAUGCUUGCGUCUCUUUAGUGUUCUCCUUUCUCUACAAGGUUGUUCAGGUAUUUUCUGAAUACUUCAAAGAACUGGAAGAAGAGAGCAUUCGUGACAAUUUUGUUAUCAUUUAUGAGCUCUUAGAUGAACUUAUGGAUUUUGGAUACCCUCAAACAACAGAUAGUAAAAUUUUACAAGAGUACAUAACUCAAGAAGGUCACAAGUUGGACACUGGAGCUCCACGCCCCCCUGCCACUGUUACAAAUGCCGUGUCUUGGCGAUCUGAAGGGAUAAAGUACCGGAAGAAUGAGGUGUUCCUGGAUGUUAUAGAAUCUGUGAACCUCUUGGUUAGUGCCAAUGGAAACGUUCUGCGUAGUGAGAUCGUCGGAUCCAUCAAAAUGAGGGUUUUCCUUUCUGGGAUGCCGGAACUCCGUCUUGGCCUAAAUGAUAAAGUGCUCUUUGACAACACGGGCCGUGGAAAAAGCAAAUCAGUGGAACUGGAGGAUGUGAAGUUCCACCAGUGUGUGCGUCUGUCUCGCUUCGAAAAUGACCGGACCAUUUCUUUUAUCCCACCUGAUGGGGAGUUUGAGCUAAUGUCAUACCGCCUGAAUACUCACGUAAAGCCGCUGAUCUGGAUUGAGUCAGUCAUAGAGAAGCACUCCCACAGCCGCAUAGAGUACAUGAUCAAGGCCAAGAGUCAGUUUAAGCGCCGAUCCACAGCCAACAACGUGGAGAUUCACAUUCCUGUUCCAAAUGAUGCUGACUCGCCAAAAUUCAAGACCACCGUUGGGAGCGUGAAGUGGGUGCCUGAGAGCAGCGCAAUUGUGUGGUCUGUCAAGUCUUUCCCGGGAGGGAAGGAGUACCUGAUGAGGGCCCACUUUGGGCUCCCAAGUGUUGAAGCCGAGGACAAAGAGGGGAAGCCACCCAUUAGCGUGAUGAUCGAAACCAACACUGCCCGUGUUCUUUUUUUCCAGGUUCGCUAUUUGAAAAUUAUUGAGAAGAGCGGCUAUCAGGCAUUGCCGUGGGUGCGUUAUAUCACCCAGAACGGAGAUUAUCAGCUACGAACACAGUGAGAUGCUUUUUAACAGGCAAGAAAAGAACCUGAAUCUGGUGCUCGAAAGUCUUGGAUGCUGUCUUGGGAGCAGGGGUGGUAACUUGUUACCUGGCUGGAAGAGGGAUCACUCACGCUGCCCUUGACUCUGUACCACAUACCCAGCGCUUGGACCACUAAUGCAGACCUUGUGAAUGUUUGAUUUUUUUGUUCUUUGCCUGGUUCAGUGUUGAUCAUAUUAGAAGUAGCAGUUAUCUUGAGAGGAGACCGGAAACCGACUUCAGGAGAGACCAGCCACUUUGAUUUCUGAGUUGUAGAAGGUCCAAUGCAUUUGCACAGUUUUUUUCUGAAGCUUUGAGUGUAUAAGCCAAGCCUUGGUUAUUGGAGGAACGCCUGCUGCCACUUCAUAGCUCUAACAAAUCCUGGGUCGUCAUUUCACUCUUCUUUAGGAGUGUCUUGAAAGUCCGCUUUGUUGGUGCUGAAGUCUUUCCUGAAGAGCUGGAGCAAUCAUCCUUUGUACCCAGAGAUGCCACAUCUGCAACAUUACCCGUUCCAUUGAUGCCCCCCCUGUUCAAGAAAGGGAUCGAGACAAGCUGGUGGUGACAAGACAUUUCUCACACGAGGGCAGACAACUGAAAAUAGUACCCACCUGAUACAUGUUAUGUAGCACCAGCUGCAGAGCUGAUAGAGAAAAGGUGGGGUGUGCAGAGCUAGUCUAGUUAUCCCAGACAGCAAAGGAUGUGGCAAGCCUGUAUCUGGAGUCAGACCCCUCCAAGCUGCAGUUCAGGCUCGCAGCUUGACUGGCAUGUUUUGACCAAGGGGUUCAGCCCAGCCUUCUUCCUAACAGGUUGUUUUUCUCCACCACUGAGCACCACAAUCACAGUCUGAAAGAGGUCAGCCAGAGCCUUAAGAACUUCAAAUGCACAAAGAUGGCAGUUUCAGAAAAUCUUGCCCAUCACUUGGGGGGAGAUUUGUCCCUUUCCACUUCCUUGUCAUGAGUUGUUCUCUCCCUGUGCUCCCGAGAGAUUGUUGACAUGCUUCUGCUGAAUGGCCAGUGGGCUUUUCCUGGCAAAAAGUUACACGCGCUGUCCGUUGUCUGAGUCGCCACUUCUGUUUCACGUGUUUUCUUUUUCCCUGCAGAGCUGUGGCUUUCUGUGUCACCACAUGUUUACAAGGGCUACAUCAGUGUUUUCUAAGACAGAUUUAAAAAAUGAAUUUAGGAACUUGAUGCUUGAGAUGUGUUAAGCCAGAAAGUUUUGGAUGCUAUCGCUUUUGUCCCAAAAAGUGCUGACCGAGGGAAAGCUCAGGAACUCACCUCAAAGCAGGGGAAGUAGCGCAGUCACUGGGGCUCUUGUGGCCUCCUUGGCAUGUGAGAGUGAGUGAGCGAGUGCUGGGUUUCCUGGAGUUGCACUUAAAAUAUCUGAUGGGAAGAAAUGCAGCUUCUUCAGGGGGGUUGGUGGUCAGUGAAGGGAUUCAUUUCAGUUCUGCAAGAACUGGUCCUUUGAAAUCUAAGACACACACUGUCAAUCAUGCAUCGUGCUUAGAAAAGGUCAUUUGUAUUUGUUGCCUAAGU